CGGGGCGUUGCUGGGAAACAUCUGGCGACGCCUGCGGCUGGAACCGGCGGACAUGGCGGCGGCGGCGGCGGCGGCGGCGCUGGCGCGGCUCGCGGCGGCCUUCCUCCUCCUCGUGGCCCAGGUGGCCUGUGAGUAUGGCAUGGUGCACGUGGUCUCCGAGACGGGGGGUCCCAGAGGCAAAGACUACUGCAUACUCUACAACCCACAGUGGGCCCACCUGCCACAUGACCUUGGCAAAGCGUCUCUCCUGCAGCUGCGGGACUGGACGGCCUCCAUGCUCUGCUCCCCGCCCGAUGUCCCAGCCAGGGGCUUCAGCAACCAGAUCCCGCUGGUGGCGCGCGGCAACUGCACCUUCUACGAGAAAGUGCGGCUGGCGCAGGGCGGCGGGGCACGCGGGCUGCUCAUCGUCAGCAAGGAGGCGCUGGUCCCCCCAGGAGGCAACAAGACCCAGUAUGAUGAGAUUGGCAUUCCUGUGGCCCUGCUCAGCCACAAAGACAUGCUGGACAUCUUCAAGAGCUUCGGCCGAGCGGUGAGGGCAGCGCUGUACGCCCCCAACGAGCCCAUGCUGGACUACAACAUGGUCAUCAUCUUCGUCAUGGCUGUGGGCACCGUGGCCCUCGGGGGCUACUGGGCUGGGAGCCGGGACGUGAAGAAAAGGUACAUGAAACACAAGCGGGAUGAUGGGCCCGAGAAGCAGGAGGACGAGGCGGUGGACGUGACCCCUGUCAUGAUCUGUGUCUUCGUGGUCAUGUGCUGCUCUAUGCUGGUGUUGCUGUAUUACUUCUACGACCAGCUCGUCUAUGUGAUCAUCGGGAUCUUCUGCCUGUCCUCGUCCACCGGCCUCUACAACUGUCUGUCACCGCUGGUCCAGAGGCUGCCCUUCGGCAGGUGCAGGGUCCCCAACAACAGCCUGCCCUACUUCCACAAGCGUCCUCCGGUCAGCCUGCUGCUCCUGGCGCUGCUCUGCCUGGGCGUCAGCGUGGUGUGGGGAGUCUUCCGGAAUGAGGACCAGUGGGCCUGGGUCCUUCAGGACGCGCUGGGCGUCGCCUUCUGCCUCCACAUGUUGAAGACCAUCCGCCUCCCCACUUUUAAGGCCUGCACGCUGCUGCUGCUGGUGCUGUUUGUCUACGACGUCUUCUUCGUGUUCAUCACGCCCUUCCUCACCAAGAGCGGGAACAGCAUCAUGGUGGAGGUGGCGACCGGGCCCUCGGACUCGGCCACCCACGAGAAGCUCCCCAUGGUCCUGAAGGUGCCCAGACUGAACGCCUCACCGCUGGCCCUGUGUGACCGGCCCUUCUCCCUGCUGGGCUUUGGGGACAUCCUGGUGCCAGGGCUGCUCGUGGCGUACUGCCACAGGUUUGACAUCCAGGUGCAGUCGUCCCGAGUCUACUUCGUGGCCUGCACCGUGGCAUACGGCAUCGGGCUCCUGGUGACGUUCAUGGCCCUGGCCCUGAUGCAGCGCGGCCAGCCCGCCCUCCUCUACCUGGUGCCCUGCACGCUGGUGACAAGCUGCGCCUUGGCACUCUGGCGCGGGGAGCUGGGCACGUUCUGGACGGGCAGUGGCUUUGUGAAGGACCUACCUCCAUCUCCUUGGGCGCCGUCUUCCGCCACCGGCCCGCAGCCCGGGAAGGACUCUGACAGCAGCCUCUCGCAGCCGCCUCCAGGCGAAGGACUGGCCAAGUGCCCUGUGUCCCCAGAGCAGCCCCCGGAGGUGUCCACGCCCGAGGAGACCGGGGCCGGGGCGCACCCACAGGAGCCCGUGAGCCCCGCGGGCUGCACCCCGGAGCCCACAAGCACGGUGGGCGCCUCGGCCUAGGAGGUGGCACAGACACUCGGUCCCUCGUCGCUACCUGCCGCGCCGAGACCCCGAGACUGGACCUGCCCGGCCCCCCCACCCCAAAUUGGUGCUCCGGUCUGGCCGACGCCCCCGCUCUUCCUCCUCCUCAAGCCGAGCCCAGCUGUGUCCUGGACCCUCUCCAGCCCUGCUCCCCGCUCCUGUGGCUGCCGCGAGCCCCUCCCCCGCUCCGGCCCACGAGGUCACGUCGCCGUCGCCGUCACCGUGACAGGAGCAGCACCCAGCUCCGCGGUCUUGCCUGUCCGCCUGGUGUUUCCUCAGCAAGAGCAGGAAGCGCUCGGCUGCGGCUGCCGGUCCGCCCACAUCUGGUGCUUCCCGCUCUGCUGCUCCCUCAGGUUCUGGCCUGCAGAGCCCCGUCGUGCCGGCAC